AUGGCGGCUGACGUCGGGCCCGACACGAAAGCACUUGGCGCCACCCUUGCUGCCACUGUCCAUACUUGUAUGUCGUCGGCGCUGCCGUCGAUCGAGUACGUUGGCAGCGACGCGUGGGUGCGCGCCCAAGUCCAAACGCGCUUCUUCGAAGCGCUCCUCGACGCCGUCGCAAAGCCAAAGCCGCGCCGGUCGUCGUUCACCGACUUUGUGUGGCGCUCGUCCUUGACGCCCCUCCAGGUGGAGCACCACGCCGACUGGCUCGACGCGUGGUAUUUAACCUACAACCACACUACGUGGCGCGCGACGCAGUCGCUCGAGACGGUCCAGCUGCCGGUACCGGCGCCCGUCGCGGGCCAUGGCCGGUACACCUAUCCCUCGGGCGAUACGUACGUUGGCGACUUUCUCGACGGCCAGCGCCACGGCCGGGGCACGUACACCGUGUCUGCUACCGGGUACACCUACGUUGGCGACUGGGUCCACGAUUGCCGCCACGGCACCGGCGUCCUCACGUACAAUAAUGACGCGACGCACCAGGGCACGUACACCGGGUCCUGGGCCGACGACGUGCGCUGCGGCGACGGCCUCUUUCAAGAAGGCGACCGCUUCGUCUACAAGGGUCGGUGGAAGCGCAAUGUCUUCCACGGUCUCGGUCACCUCGCCGACGCCAAGCGCGGCUUCAACUACGACGGCGAGUUUCUCGACGGACGCCCGCACGGCGUCGGGAAGGCAACGUACUCGUCGGACGCGAGCUUUGCGACCUACAGUGGUGAGUGGGCCCACGGGUGCUUUGACGGUGUCGGCACGCUCCAGUACCGUGACGGCAGUGUCUACGCUGGCACGUUUGUUAAAGGCGAGCGCCACGGCCAAGGCACGUUUUCGGACCCGACCACCGGCGACGACUACGACGGCGACUGGAUCAACGACACGCGGCAUGGGUUUGGCAAAGCGACGUCGGGCGCCUCGAAAGAGUCGAGAGAAGGACCAUGGCGGGCCAACACGAUGGUCCAAGGCCACGGCCAGGACUGGAUCCUUUUGUAUCCCAGCGGUGACAAGUACAGCGGCGAGCUCCAGCAAGGCCGCCCGUGGGGCAGCGGAACGUGCCGGUAUGCAAAUGGCUCGGUGUACACAGGCGACUGGGUCGACGGACUCCGGCAAGGCCACGGCAUCUUUGUCAACCACGACGGCGCGACCUUCGAUGGCCAAUGGCGGAACGGCCAGCCGACGACCGGCGACGCCCCGGUGUACGUCGAGAUCUCCUUGACGGAAGAUAACGCGACAUGUACGCAGGAUGACGCGCCGACGUCGGCGCCAACGACGAUCACGUAUCCCAAUGGCGAUACGUAUGCCGGUGGGCUUCGCCAAGGCAAGCGCCACGGCCGCGGCAAGUACAUUUCAAAAGCGUCGCAGCACACGUACGACGGCAUGUGGGACAUGGACCGCCGUCACGGCCACGGCGUCUUGACAAGCGGCGCCCACGACUUUGUUUACGACGGCGCGUGGGUGCACGACACCCGGACAGGCCUCGGCAAGUGCAUCUUGCGCGGCGUCGAGACCUACACGGGGGCCUGGCACGCCAACGCCUUCCAUGGGACUGGCACGUACACCACCGCGGACGGCGCCGUGUACUCUGGUGAGUUCGAACACGGCUUGAAGCACGGCGUCGGAACGCUACGAAGCGCCGACGGCUCGACGUAUCAAGGCGAGUUUGCAAAGGGCCAAAAGCACGGGCUCGGGACGCUCACGUACGCCAACGGCGACCUCUACACCGGGAGCUUUGCCCACAACGCGCGCGACGGCGACGGCACCUUGGUGACGUCGACCGACACCUUUGUGGGCGCGUGGCGCGCCGACGUCAAGCACGGCCACGGAGUCCUGACGCGGCCCGACGGCACGACCAAGGACGGCGUCUGGCAGUGCGACGCGCCGGUCGAUGGUCCAUGGACGAUCACGUUUCCGACGCGCAGUGUCUAUGCCGGCGACUGCGUCGGUAUGCGUCCGCACGGCCACGGCGUCUGCAAGUACGCGAACGGCGACGUCUACUCCGGCGCUUGGGUCCACGGGGUGCGCAGCGGCUGGGGCGUCUGCGUCUUUGGCAACGGCGAUGUCUUUGACGGCGAGUGGACCCAAAACCACGUGUCGCUUCACGGCACGGGCACGCUCACGCUCGCCAAUGGCACGGUGCAUGCGUACAACGGCGCGACGUCACCGAGCUAAGGUCGUGUUG